AUUAAGAAACAUUCUGAAGCUCAUAAUUGAUUGGUCUGAUACUAUUUUCGCAAGCUUCACUGCAUACACAUAAUUACUAUAAACAAGACUAUAGCCUUCCAAGAGUACUUAAAAAAAAGAACUGAGGGUUCUAAAGCGGCUUUGGUCGAACAAUUGAUGGAAUUGGAUUCUACUAGCGUAGAGUAUCUUGAAGAUAAAGCCAAGUCUAUGAAUGCUAUUCAAAAACCUCGGUCACGGUUAAGAAUGAUGAAUGAGAAAAGAGUCAGUGAGAAAGCUGGUGAUGCCUUAGUACUUGAGGAAGUUGAAUAUAACUUUUCUGAUUUGAAGUAUACUAGGAACAUUUAGUUUUGUAUCCUAUUCAUAUUUAGUCUUGCAAUGGUCAUCAGAUAUGAUCAUAACCUACCUUCGAGUACUUAUAUAGAAUCGAAGUAUCGUGUUCUCUAAAGGUGUGUUUUUAGAUGUAAGAAUCAUGAUUUUUGGAUACCAAUCGAGUACUUAUUUAUACAAUAUGGUUUACUACAUAGCAAGCAUAGUUUGAUAAAAAUAGUGGGAUUGAAAUUAUUGAAUUGGAUAUCACCAUGUUUGUAAAUGCGCCAGGAGAAGUGAUAAGAAAGGGACAGAUAAUUUACAGCUGGUUUCUUGUGGAUUUCGUAGCGGAAUCGACUCUUUGCAUAGUCAAUCGAUAUUGGUAAGGGUGUGGAGAUUUGUAAUAGAGGAGCCUUGAGAAGGUGGCUUCGUUCCAAUGGAUCUUGGUUAGUGGUGUGGUGUGUUUCGAGUGUAUUGAGUGGUGGGAGGUAUGGGGAGAGGGGAAGAAGGGGUUAUCUUUUUGUUUUACGUCAGAAGCUUGAUUUGCUGGCGUAGUAGAGCUUUACGGUACAGAUUUCUUUUCUGAGUUUUCCCCUAUUCGUUGCUAGAGGGGAAAACUUGAUUACAAUGUGGAAUGUGAAUUAAGAACGGAAUGAAGAGAAGGGAUGAAGUGGCAUGGACGUGGAUACACAUUCCUCUCCUCGAUCCAUGAGGCGAUUAAACUUUCGUUCAAGACUCUCUCCCUUUCAUUCUUGCUAUUCAUUGAUCGAUAUUCAACGUCUUAUCAAUACUCAGACGAACCCUUCAUACAGAGUCGUAAAUCCACGAUUAAACCAUAAUCAAAAGCGAAAGCAAAUUCGAUUUUACUAAAAUACAAUCCUCUCAAAAUCAGUCUCGCAAUCAUGUAUCUCUUUCCUUCAACCAUCACUGCCAUCCUCGCUUUCUCAACUCUAGUCUUCGCAAUCGAAGGAUCGCUUUCUAAACGCAAAAUUUGCAUCGCCAAAGGUGACGUCUGUCACAAAACGGGCGAGCCAUGCUGUGAUGGAUUCAAAUGUGCGCUUGCGCAUGGGGGAAAGGCGGACGUGGGGUAUUGUACUGAGAAUGGACUUUUGUUGCAGGAUUACUAUCAGGCGGGUUUGCCUUGAAGAAUUGAGAGAUUUGUGGAGGGGAAGGGGAAAUGGCGAUGAGGUUUGUUGAGUGGUUCGGGAGAGGUGUUAGGCGGGCUUGGUGGGGAGAAGAGGGGCUCGUGAUGGAGGUGAUGAUCCGGCAUGGUAUGUAGGAGUGUCGAUGUUGUGGUUUAUAAUUUAUGGUCCAUGAUGUGGUUUUAUUAUAUUUUUUGUGUUAGGUUUGGAUUGGGUUUGUGGGUAUUGAGGGGCUUUUUGUUG